AUGUUUCUGUCCUGCCUAUUGACGGCUCUUUGCGUGAAGUCGGUUCUUGCGGCCCCGGCUGCACGUAAUGUUUCUGAUCCGGCCUUGUCUCAAUUCUAUGAUCUACUAGCCGAAGCGUCUUCCAAGCAAGCAGCCCUCCUUGCAUCGACCAAUAGCUCGACCUGCAACAGCGAAAACAUUGUUGUGCGCAAGCCAUGGGGCUCUAUCAAUGAAGCAGAACGGAAAGCUUAUACAGACGCUGUAUUAUGCUUACAAAGCUUGCCUGCCAAUACGCCCAGCGACCUGGUACCUGGAGCCAAAACACGAUACGACGACUUUGUUGCUGUACACCUUAACAAAACGCUUACAAUUCACUGGACGGGAAAUUUUCUCUCGUGGCACCGUUGGUUUAUCUACACUUACGAGCAAGCUCUGCGAAAUGAAUGUGGUUACAAAGGCAGUCAACCCUACUGGAAUUGGGGUCUAUAUGCGAAUGAUCCCGCUUCGUCGCCGAUUUUCGAUGGGGGAGAGUACAGUAUGGGUGGCAACGGGGAGUACAUUGCGGGCAGGGGAGACCUCGUCCUCAACCCUGACGAAAACACAACCGUCCGUAUCCCCGCUGGGACUGGUGGCGGCUGCGUAAAAUCAGGGCCAUUCAAAGACAUGGUUGUCAAUCUCGGCCCCGUCGCCCUGCCGAUCAAUAACGGCUCAACCAUCGGGGCCCCGAAUGGAGGCUUGGACUGGAACCCGCGUUGUCUCGCACGGGACGUCACGACUGAGCCCAACCUGCGCUAUGCCAACAGCACGUCCAUAAUUCACCUUCUCACGACGCCGAAGGACAUUGCCAGCUUCCAAGAAACCAUGCAGGGCCCCAUUGGCUCAGGCGACCUUGGCGUUCACGGCGGCGGACAUUAUACAAUCGGGGGCAACCCAGCCGACGACGUCUAUAUUUCCCCGGGAGAUCCAGUUUUCUUCCUGCAUCACGGAAUGAUUGACCUGACGUGGUGGCUGUGGCAGUCAUUGGACUUCAAGAACCGCCAAUACAUGAUCUCCGGCACGCGCACGUUCAUGAACUCGCCAGCUACUAGCAAUGCCACACUGGAUGAUGUCGUCGAUCUCGGGUGCGCAGGUGGUUAUCCGAUCACCAUCCGAGAGCUGACGAGCACCGUUGGUGGCCCAUUUUGCUAUAGAUACGAAGCAUAG